AACAGGGACGGUACCGCACCUUCUCCUCAUCUGCCUCAAAUCUCUUCAUUUUACGCAUGUUUACGCUGCGUCUUGGACUUCCUCCUGUUUGGAUGAAUGCGUAAACGUGCAGCGGGGUUUACACCUGCUCGCUCUGCCUCUCUCCUUCGCGCUGCCUUUUGUCUGUGGCAUCUCGGCUCCUGCACGCACUGAUUCGGACAGUAGCAGCAGCCUGAGCAGUAGCAGCAGCAGUAGCAGCAGUAGUGGGGCAAACCUGACAUCUCCUGCCCCGCGUUGCAACCUCUUUCCCGCAGGAACCUCCACCGCGCACCGCCAAACUCACCCGGAGCCCUGCGAGUCUCAUUACGCGACUUUUAAUUGUUUUAUUUGGCAAACUUCACACCGGUAAGCAGUGACCAAAGGGACUGUACCGCACCUCCUCCUCAUCUGCCUGAAAUCUCUCCAAAUUACGCAUUUUUACGCACGUCUUGGACUUACUCCUGUUUGGAUGAAUGCGUAAACUUUACAAUCUUUGGACUUAACUCAACGGGAUUUUCUAUGUGCGAAGUAAUCCAAAGCCUGCGUACCUGGGGACGGAAGAUGCGCGUGCUUGUGCUGCUGUGUCUGUGUUCGGGAGUCGGCCCGGUGAGAGGCGCGGACCGGAGCUGCGCGGAUCUGCGGCAGUUCUACACCGGCAAGGGCUUCACUCUGGCCGGGGUCCCGCAGAAUGAGAUCUCUGGUGAGCACUUGCGGAUGUGUCCCCAGGGCCCCACCUGCUGCACCAGCGUGAUGGAGGAGAACUUGGCGGGUCUGAGCGCUCGAGAGACGGAGGCGUUGAUCAGAGAAGCGGGUCGCUCGCUGCAGGCCUCAUUCCACGCCCUGCACCGGAGCUUCGACACCUACUUCACGGAGCUGCACAGCCAGUCGGAGCGGGCGCUGCAGGAGAAGCUGUCCCCUCUCGGUCCCCUGUACUCCCAGAACACUCGUCUGUUUGGUGACCUCUACACUGACCUGAGGCAGUACUACCGCGGCUCGGCUCUAAACCUGGACGAAACCCUGUCUGAGUUCUGGUCCCGCCUCCUGGAACGCACAUUCAAGAGCUCCGCCCCCUCUGACGUCGCUCUAUCGGAGGACUACCUGGAGUGCGUCGCCAAGCAACAGGAGACGCUUCGCCCGUUCGCAGACGUGCCGCGAGACAUGAAGACGAAGGUGGUGCGAGCUUUUGUGACGGCGCGAUCGUUUGUCCAGGGGCUCAUCGUCAGCGGGGAGGUGGUGAGGAAAGUGUCACAGGUCGCUCUGAGUCCCGAGUGUGUGAAAGCGCUGAUGAAGCUGGUGUACUGUCCUCACUGCCGCGGUUUGGCCUCCGUCGCCCCCUGCUCCAACUACUGCUCCAACGUCAUGAAGGGGUGCCUCGCCAACCAGGCCGACCUCAACUCCGAGUGGCAGAAUCUCAUUGACACCAUGAUCCAGGUGGCCUCCAGCUUCAGCACAGAGCCCAGUCUAGACGUGGUCCUGUCCUCCAUCCCGUCUCGGAUCUAUGAGGCUGUUUACUACCUGAAGGAAAACAUGGACUCCUUCACUGCAAAGGUGUAUCAGACGUGUGGGACCCCAGGGGAAUCCGGCACCGGGACCCCCACUGUCCAGGAGCAGAGGAAGAAGAGCAGCUCUCUGACCGCUUCAGAGAGCAAACCAUCGCCCUCUGCUGGCAUCAGACUGGAAAUGCAGGUCUCCAUCCUCACCACGAAACUGAGGGAGAUGCGUCAGUACUGGAUCGAGCUCCCUGUGGCGCUGUGUGGGAAAGUCGCCGAAGGCUCCAGUCCAGACAAAUGCUGGAACGGAAUGUCCAAAGGAAGGUAUCUUCCUGAGGUGAUGGGUGAUGGUCUGGCCAGUCAGAUAAACAACCCCGAGGUGGAGCUGGACAUCACAAAGCCGGACAUGAGCGUCCGACAGCAGAUCAUGCAGCUCAAAAUCAUGAGCAACCGACUGAAAAACGCUCUGGAAGGAAACGAUGUGGACUUCCAGGACGCCAGUGAUGACAUCAGCGGAUCAGGAAGCGGCAUGUGCGUCAGCGGGCAGUGCACUCGGAGCAGACCAGGCUUGUUCCCUUACCCCCCGGACAACAAAGGAGUGAGGGGCGCAGCUACUCCUAAGCUCCGCCUCUCCACCGUCGUAUUCCUCCUCCCAUUGGCUGUCCCGCUCCUGCAGCGAUGAUUGACAGCUCCCGCGACAAAACAGACUCUACUACUGUCUGAUGUAGGACUACGGCAUGAGUGAGGAGGACAAUGACGCUUGGAGAGAGUUGCUUUUGGACGAAACUUUGCCAAAAAAAGUGGACUUCCUGUUUGCGAUGAGCGAAAGCCGACGAUAUUUUUAUUUUGUUGAUGUGUGAUAGAUCGUUGAGGUGUCUUGCGAGAAACGUGGAGGAAAUAUUGUCCAGAAGAUUUGUUUGAAUUCGUUCCGCCAUUUUCACCUGACAACGAAAAACGAAAAAAAAUCUGCAUUUUCCAAACUUUUGUAAACAUGCGUAAGGUGUAAAUGUGUGUAGCUUAAUGACUGGCACCAUACUGAGCCAUGAAUGUACAGAAUAAUAUUGAAUCUAUCGACAACGAAAUCCCCAUAAUCCGUCAUGUAGAUGUCCAGAUGUUCGGCGUUCGAUGUGUGUUGGUUUACGAUGAAUAGGAUCAGUCUAAAAUAAAGGCGGGGUUAGCACAAUGUUAAAAUAUACAACGUUUUAUUAGCAAGAUUUAAAGUAAAACUGCAUUCACACCACAGACUGUAUAAAGAAGUGGACUGAGUGAGUGUGACGCCUCCCACAGCGUUCGCUCCAAUCAAACGAAGCUCAUCGAGGCUAGCAGGUAUAGCGGUGGAUUUGUCGGCGGCGGCUAGCAGGUUAGCUAUGUCUGUUAAUAUAUACAGUCCAUGGAUCAGACAUAGUUAAGGUUGUGUAUCUUAUGAAUCAGAUCAAUAUAAGACUUUAAUCUACCUGGAUUUUGCGAUUUGGCCAAAACUAUUUUCAUUUCCUUGACUGUGUCCUUAGUCUCGUCCAGGUUUGAGAAAUAUUGUGUUGUUUUGGAUGCGGCUUACUACACACCAUAGUCUGUAUAAAUAAGUGGACUGAUUGUGACGUCACCCACAGCGUUUGGCUCCAGUCAAAUGAAGCUCAUUGAGGCUAGCAGUUAUAGCGGCGAUUUGAGUUGUAUAUUUGGAAUUCCAAUUGAGAGUAUCAUAGCAACCAAAGAGCCAAUCUGGAGCGAGGCUGUUGAAGGUAACGCCCCUUCCCCCUCGCGCCGCUGGUUUAGCAGGGAGCGGGUGCUUAGCAACGCUGUCAAUCAAACCUGUUGCUAACGGUAGCGAGAGCAACCUCGGGGAAAGAAGGCGCCUGAUUUGUCUGUUAUUAAUGUUCAUAUCUUGAUUUACAGACACAACAGUGAAAUAAAAACACCAUGAUCAUGUAGAGCGGGUUAAUAUGAACAUUUUAAGACCAACAGCAGUCUGACAGCAGCAGUUACAGAGAGAGGGGCACAGUUUUUCAAUAGAAAGUGAACUGGAGCCAGAGUCGACAGAGCUGGAAGCGUGCCCAUGCUCACUUCCUGUUUGUAAUGUGCCGGCUAGCACGUUAGCUACGUCCAUUUAUAUAUACAGUCUAUGCUUCACACGUUUUGUUUAACUCUCCAAGCACACGCGAACAAGCACACUGAGGUUUUUACUGUAAUGAAGGCGAAGAUGUGCACAUAUUCCUAAAUCUUCUAUUAUUUAUUUUAUAUGAACGGUAACGGAAAUGGUUUGAGUCUUUGUAGAGGGAUGCUCGCAAAAAAGCACAACAGCGAUAAUCCUUGAAAAAUCAACUUGAAUUUGCCGAUAGGUGACCACAAAUAUCUGGUCUCUAAAGUGUCCUUGAAACAAAAACGUCUGAGUGGAAAUUGAAACUAAUUGCGUAAUGUGAGCAGAGGCAGAUCUUCAGCUGUGUGCCCACGCAAAAAGAAGCAAAUGCGGAAACCAGAGUAAUAAUAAUAAUCAUAAUAAUAAUAGUGAUUUCUACAAAGCAAGCAUCUUUGGAGACUUCAUAGAACGACGACUUCAUAGGACUUGCCAUUCUGCUGGACCUGUUUGAACGUGCAGGUCUGUUUAGGUUUGGGAUUCACUGAUCCAGCUUUUUCAGUUCUGAUAAAAUACCGAUAAAAUACUCUUAUCUCUAUCUACCAGUACCGAUAUCAACCGAUACCAGUGCAGAGACACCAUUUAUUUCCUUUAAACAGAAAUCAAACAAGACAAAACUGAUUCAAAUGAGUUAGGUAGCUGUUUUUUAGCUCUCAAGUAACCACAGACCAACUUUCAAACGAGACUUUCUGGGUAAAUAGUCUCAUAUGUCCCACCAGGAUAUCGACUGAAGCGAUAUUUGGAAGCCGAUAUCUGAGACCAUUAUUGGUUCGAUGCAUCCCUACGUUAUGAAUAUGCAAAGACUUGAUUCCAUACGUUCAGUGAUACUACGGUAAGUGUAAGAUUAAUGUUAAAACGACCCAUUAGCGACUUUUGCUAACUCCGCUCCCAGUUAUUUCAAAUGUGUGUAAUGUCGUACUACGAGGCUUAUAUUAAGACAAGAAAACGAUCGCUUUUACCUUUUUUUUAAUCAACUGGUGUUUGGAACAAGGCUCUAGAACAAUCACACUUACUUAAAGCUGCACUGUGUAACGUUUUCCGUCACACAUUUGUCUCUAUGGAAAUGGGAUUGCUUUGCUUUUGGGGCGACAGUAGCUCAGUUGGUUGAGUGUUGGUUGAGCAGUCAGAUCCACCGACCCACAGGUUGGCGGUGCGAUUCCAGCUCCCACAGACGUCGUUGUGUCCUUGGGCAAGACACUUUACUCACCUCGCCACCACUGUCCGUGCUAUAUAAAAACAGUGGCCAUUUAUAAUUUUGCUAGGAAUGAUCUACAGUAUGGCAUUAAAUGUACUUUAUAUUACGUUUAUUCAGGUGUACUGCUCAAAAAGCACCUUGGAAACGUGCAUUUAUACUCUGAACAGGCUUGCCUUUUCACUGAUCUGACCUGUAACUUGACCUGAUGGCGUCACAUGCUUGUCUAUAUAAGUUUAGAUAAGCCUGUAUAAGUUUAGUGAUAAGUUUAAUGCCAUACUGUGGAACUUUCCAGCCAAAGCAUGGUAUCAAGACAAUGAUGGACACUCUGCCCGGAAAGUUACAUAGCGCAGCUUUAAGUCCAGUCCUUGCACAUACAAAGAAUGGGAUGUUUUGUUCAUGUUCAUGCAUCUGUGUAAUAAUCUCGCACUUCAUUAAACUCUGUCUGAUUG